GUAAACUAUUGAGAAAAGGAGCAAGUGCAGCUGUCUUUCGGAUAAAGUUUCGACAAGCAGAAUUAAAGUAGACCAAUAAAGCUAUUGAGGAUCGUCAAAUGUGGAUUUUACGGUUUUGUACUUGUAGUGAGCUGCUUUCAUAACCGAUCUUUUGUUCGCGACCACGAAGAAACGAUUGUUUAAAGACCAGUAUGUAACUCUUUCACGUUUUUGAUAAUAACGAGGACAGAAUGUCCGGCCAUAUUGAAUUUUUUCGCAGUUGAACAAUUAGCAUUUGCAUUCAAAUAAAAUUUAACUACUACGCAAAAUAAAGAAAAAAUUAUGGAUAUUCUUUAAAAAGCUUGUUCUCCACCUGAACCAUCGAUGAGGUUAAAUAGAAAUGCGUUUGUUGUCAAGUAUAUGAUACAGCAUUUAUAAACAUAACAAUGCCAUUUGCAUUCGAAUUGAAUUUGACACAACACAAUAUCAGACAUAAAAGAAAAGGAUGAUCUUUUCAAAAACGUAGCCGCCAACUGAGUCAUCAGAUGUAGCCAAAUGGAAUGAUUCUUUGGAAAUUCGAACGACUUGUUGUUUGAGAAAGAUUUCCGGGUGAGGGGUAGCUGAGAUCACACUAAAGUACAUAAAAAAGGCAUCAACCCAAGGUUGGUACCAAACUGGAGAUCAUUUCAGUCAAGAUGAAUCUCUGGAUCGGAGUGACACUUUUGUGUCUUUCAGUCUCAUAUUCUCAAGGUGCGUAUUACAGAUCUUUUUUCUUUGCAUCUAUCUGAGAAUGCCGAGCAGAAUAAUAACGUAUCUCACUUAUUUUCAUGAGUGAAAAAUCAUUUUUAACUCCAAUUAGCGCUCUCUUAGGCCUGUGUUUUUGAAUGCUUAUUGAUAUCUGAAGGAUUAGUUAUCUAAAACUGUUUAGCCCUAGGCCACUUGACGAACUUGAAUAACUAAAACUCGUCUAGAUGUUGCUGUAUUUUGCAGGUUGUGGAAACAAACCAUUUUCAGCUAGAGUCGUGAAUGGGGAAAAUGCCACUCCACACUCCUGGCCCUGGCAGAUUUCUCUCAGAGUAAAUGGACGUCACAUAUGUGGAGGAUCUCUCAUCGAUAGGGAAUGGGUCGUGACUGCCGCCCAUUGUGUGGAUAGAAACCCGAGACCGAGUGGAUACACUGUAGUCGUGGGUAAGUCGAUGAUAUACCAAGAAGAAAACAAACAAACAAAGAAACAAGAAAAAACCAAAGAACAGUAAAAAAGGAGAAACUAAACUCGUUACUUAUCCUCUGGUUUUCACAUUUUCAAAAGUUACAAACUUGGGUAAUUCUGCAACUCAGUAAUAGAAGGGGAAACAUCGUUUAAGAUGUGGGAAAAGUUGAGAAUUAGACAGAAGAAGAAAAUCACAAUCACUUUAUUGAUCAAUUAAAUUAAAUGUUCUUGAUGCUAACAUCCCCGUUUCCUUGUCUUUUCAACCUCCCAGUUUUACUUGAGCUGACUUACCAUCUGUUAAAAUAAAUGUUUUUGCAAUAAUGGCGUCUAUAGGAGCCCACCGUCGAACAGGAUCAACACAAGUGCAGAGGACUUUUCGUUUGAGACAACUGUUUAAACAUGAAGGAUUCAGUAUGAGAAAUCUGCGAAAUGACGUAGCACUUCUGCAGCUUGCUGGGUCUAUAUCACCCAGUCCUAAAGUCAACACGGUGUGUUUACCAGCUUCUGGGAGUCGGAUUCCAGCAGGAUCGCGAUGCUAUAUUACAGGUAACUAGAAUUUGUUUGAAUGAUUUUAACAUAAUUAUUCCUAUACCAGAUCUAGUAAAUUUGUUUUGCCAGCCGUAUUAAGCAGACUUUUUCCUUUGUGAUGGGCUUUUCCAAUGGUUAGGACUCCUCGUGCAGAGUUGACUGCAUUUGCUUCUUAGUCUUCUCCUUUAUAGAUUUCGCACUUCAAUUCUAGAUAUCUUGAUGAAAUUGGUAUUUUCAAGUUUCUGCAGUUUAACUCUCAAACCGUAAUUUCGUUUGCACAUAAAUUUUGAGUAAAUUUGGAAAUAAUUUGUUUUUGAACCUCAAAAUGUGAUCCAGCGAUAUAAUUUCAUAUACACUUUGAAAUUGCGGAGACGAAGAUUGUUAUUUUGUUCGGUGUAGCAGCAUAUCUGUCCUUUCAAUUAAAACUAUCAGAAGUAUGCUAUAUUGAUAAAAAAAAUCUCGUUAAGUUUUCUCUAAAGCAUUCAUUUGUCAAGUAGGUUACAUGGUAUAAAAAUUGAAAUUUGACGAUAGGCAGUCUUUACCGUAAAUUCAUGAUGUUUAAAAUGCGGGAAAAACCACAUUAUGGAAAAGGCUCUGUGUAUUGACACCAGCACCGUCACUACCCUUUUCAAUGGUUAGUGAAACUUGAUAGACAGUUUUAUCGAUGCUUCAUUUUUCGCUAUUUAAUUGAUUCAAUGCUGCUUUGCAGAGGCAUCGAUCUGUUUUGAGACAUAUAAGCUUCGAGGACCAUUAUAUCAAAUACAUGGUAAAAUUGAAUAAACGUGUCAUAUUUGCGUUUGUAGGCUGGGGAAGAACUGUUGGAGGCGGAAAUGCAGCGGACGUUCUCCAACAGGCUAUGCUGCCAGUUGCCUCACACAGAGACUGCAGCAGAGUCAAUGGACGACUGCUUCCUGUCGAUGAGAGAUCAAUGAUAUGUGCUGGACGCCAAGGAAAAGGAGGAUGCCAGGUAAUUGAAUAACACAUUAAUCUUUAAAAUUAGAAACGGCGGUCACCCCUGCAUUGAAGUGUGGCCGAACACAGUUGUAACCCAAAAUGAAUGGCCAGUUUGGCUUACACAAUCAACCGUGACUGGAAGUAAAAGUAAACUCACUUUUCAUUGACUUUCUUUUUGAAGUCAUUGGAUUGACGGACAAUUAUGUUUUAUCAUUAUAUCUAUUGCUACAAAAUUGCAUAGGGUGAUAGUGGCGGACCUUUUGUUUGCAAUGAGCGUGGACGAUGGGUGUUGAGAGGUGCUGUGAGCUGGGGUCAUUCACAGUGUAGGACAGAUCACUACACGGUUUUCGCUCGUGUAAGCAGCUUCAUUAGCUGGAUCAACAACAAGAAGUCAGGUAAACUUCGUAAGCCUACUUAGAGUCCAGUCCAGAAGAAUGCUUUAUGUUUAGUACGAAAUGUCAAGAAAUUGAUACGAAGCUGGUUUCAGAAAAAUUAUCACGAACGAGUAAAUUAUCAAUCUUCUCUGAGGAUAUCAUACAAAACGUCAUAAAAAAAAACCAGUUCAUAGCGAGUUUUAAAGCAUUCAAAGUCACUUGAUUCUGAGCAAUUUUGCAUUUGCACAGAUAAUUUUCUAUACAAAUAUUACGACAUACCUAAUGAGAAUGUCAAAGUAUCCCGGCAAAAUUUGUAUUUGAAAGACCUUUUGUUAUUGUUAGAAACCUUGUUUGGACUAAGUGAAGGCUACCCGGUUUUCAUUCUCUUAAUCUUCACCUGUACUCAACUAUUAUUGAUGCUUUGACAUUAUUAUUGCAGCAUUUCCUGAGGUCUUACGGAAAUUAUAGGUGACACUAACAGUAUCAUCCCUUCUUUUAUUUUCUUCAAGGUGGAGGUGGAGGUGGAGGCGGAGGCGGCGGAGGCGGAGGAAGUAAGCAAACCUCAAUAUAAUAUAUAAUAUAUGAUAUAUAACACAUCAGGAGAAAAUUAGUAAAAGGGGUAAAUUUUUCAGAUAAUGGCCUCCAGAUAUGUCAAUUUUCAGAAAGUAUUUACAGAUAGCUCUUUGAACGGAGGUAUGUUUUCCGGACUUCCGCAAGAAUGCUAACACCGACCAGUUCUUCCGAGUUAAAUUACUGCAUUGGAAAUUUGAGUGGUGACGAAAACGGUUUCGAAAGAGAAGGGAAGUCAUAGUUUAAAGUUACUCUCAAAAUGAAGUAGGCAUUCGUUACCAUCUUAUAACUUCGAUUGGAAUGGCCAUAGGUGACGCCCUGAUUAACUUUUCGUAUGUUUACCAACAACAAAAUAGGGUGCCUCUUGGAAAAAGCGUCCAACGCACGCCCUUUCAAAGAAAACAUUAAAAAACUGUAUAUCACUAAAAAGCUUGAAAACAAAAUAACGUUUUACCGAUUUUGUUUCGAUAGGCACGCGCGAGCCAUUAAAUACAAUACUGGCAGGGCUCGCUUUACUGAAUUACCAGCCAAAGCGUUACCGCAGACCUUCAAACAAACUGGACUGUAGCAGUCAGUAGAUGAUAGGUUAUUCAAUUGUGAAAGGCUUUUUAUAUAUACCCAUUGGCUCCUGAAAGUCUUUUUUGAAGUUGGACAAUAGAAAAUAUUUCACUUUUUGUCACGUUCCGGGAUGUUACGAGAAAAAUGUUUUGAAUUUCGUAAUAAUCUCACACUUUCACAAACACUGAGGUGAAUAAUUGUUUCAGAAUGGAUCAGAAAAAAGGCAAAGAAAUCAGUUUAUCUCUAUCAAUAUACCAAAAAAUGGUCUUAAAUUAAUCUCGAUGUACCAUGUUGUCUCUUCGGCUGCUUGGAGGUGAAUGGUAUUUGCAUGCUUAUCACGUUCCGAACCAGCCAAUCAGCGAGCGUGAAAAGUACUAUUCACCUGUGUGUGUACUAAUUAAUGUAAUUAUUGUGACUAGAUUGCAGAGAUAAGAACCCAAGGUGUCGGUAUUGGACUUCGUACUGCUCAUGGCAUUCGUAUGUGCGGACAAAUUGCAUGAAGACAUGCAAACUCUGCUAAAUUCAGGUAUCUAAUUAAGUUUUUCUAUUGAGCAUAUCAUCUUGUUAGUCUAGUUAGCAAAUCGUAAACCUCUUGUCGACCUUAAAAUCAAGCAAAGAAAAAUAUUAGAAAGCAUUAAAGAACAUUUCAUUUCUUGUUUAUGAAUCGAGAAGCUUCCAUCACACGAGUUCUCGGCCAGCUAAACGUGAUCUUAGUGUUUAUUUUCUUCAGAAGUAGAUUUGCUAGGUCGAAUACUUUUAUCUGCGGUUAAACAAUCAUAUAAAAUUACAAUUUGACUGAAUUAAAGAAAACACUCACAUGAUUCAUAUCUUUGCAUUUUUCUCUUUAUUUCACAGCCAUCAAAACCCACAAGGCUCGAAGUGACCUGAAUUUAAGACAAAGUUCUCACUUGUGUACUUGAACAGAGCAAAUUAAAGUGUUUUAAACAACAUACUUCGUAGUAUCCAAUUUAUAGUGAUGAGCAACGUAGCAUUUACCACAGAAAAUUUUGAAUGCAUGUAAUGAAAGUGGGGUCAUUGAGUAACCAGAACCAAUCGGAGGGAAGAAAUCAGAAUAUCACUAACAUCGUGUUCACAUACAGUCAAUCAAAUGCCGCGUGCGAAAUCUAAAUUUUAACUCCUUAACCCCCCUUCGAGUGAUAGGGAUCUAUAAUUGCUCCCAACAAUAUCACCACUAAAUCAAAUGUUUAGGUCAGGAGAAUAUAGGAAAUAGUCGUGAACUCAAGAAUUAAGCUCUUGAUUGUUAGCCAGAUUCUCCUCAGUACAUUUAGAAAUGUAUAGAGAACAGUAUGGAGAACUUACACAUUCAUGUUAAGCCGGGUGAAAAGUUUAAACUAUUGGUCUUUUCGUAAUUUCCGUUUAUGCAUUCAGUUACUAUUGGGACCUAGGCUGGUGAGAUAAAAAAAAAAAUAGCCAAAGCUUCUUGAAGAGAAACUGUCACCAUGACACGCAAUUUUUUUUUACAUUUUCUGUUUGAUAGCUGUUUUUUAAAAUUAGGAAUAAUCAACCUUAGGAGCUAACGAGUUCUCCUUGACUUUUUUCGUGUAUUGAAAGUACGAUUUGGCGACCAAAAAGUGUCAUUAUUUAACGCGUGGCCAAAACGAUCAUGUUACAUAGCUGUGACGUAGAAAACUAUGAAGACAUGUCGGCAACAAUGGUGGAGAAAGGAGAAAUCAAGAAGAAAGGACGAACGUAUUGCGUAGCCGGAGAGCCAAAUGAUGUUAGUUACAAGAAUAAUACACAUAUACCGGGUAGUUCUAUACAUUACUUUUCAAAGAAUGUAGCUGUAUGGCCAAAAUGGACGCGUUGCGAUCGUCGAGCUUUUGCUCUUCAAUGUCGUCGGCUCCACACUGGCUUCGAAGGCACCUGCUACGAACACAUAUUGUUAGUCAAAUCAGGGGAAAAUUACCAAUGAAUUCAGCUGAAAAGAAUGCUGAUUAGGGGGUCUGUUCCCACACCGAACACGAUUGUUCAAGAUUCUUUUCGGCUGACAUUUUGCAAGCGAAGAAUAGUGAGUUCCUUAUUAUUGUUUAUUUCAUGCACUUGAGAUGUACUAUCUUUCCAAAUGACUACAUUUGCACUUUUCUUAUCGUAUGAAAAUCCUACCAAUUGUAAUUUCCAUCGUAUUUUAACAAAAGAAAAACAUCAUUUUUAAUGAAGUUCAAGCUUACCGAUAACCUGCUGCGUGAACAGUGCAAAACCUUUGGCGGAUACUGGCAUGUACACAAGCUCGAAGAGGCCAUGUAUUCUCUUAACCUAGGUUUCCGAAAAUCCAUCCCACGAGCCAUCAAUUUCCCCUGCCCUAAAGAAACUAAAAGUAUCAACAGCAGCAAUGUCAUUGUGAUAACAACGCUUCAACGAGAUAAAUAAAGAAGCACAAAUUUUAUUGGAUUAGAUGAUUGCGAAUCCAAGUGUUGUGUGAAAGUCGAUGCGUACGAAAUAUUCAGUUAUAAUACUGAUGUCAGUUAUUUCCUUUGAGCGGAAUGGGUCAUAUACGGCAACGCUGCGCUUAAACUAAAGAAGUGUCUCUCUAUUAAAAUCCCCAUAUGAAAUUAACUCGAAUCAGAUGACUAAGCACUCACUCGUUUUCCGUUCGGUUUGACCGGCUCGACGAUCGCGACGACCUGCCCUUGCAAUCUGUGAGGAAAGGAACAACUUGCAGUGAAGCUGCCUGAUGACUCCUCAGUGAAAAAUCAUCGUGCCCCGUGAUACAGCCGAUUUUUUUGUCAAAAGUUAGCCGAUUCGGUUUACUAGGGAAAUUUCUCUACAGCGACAAAACUUCAGAGCACUGACCGAGGGGAACUUUGGCCACACAUAUUGCUAAGGAAUAAAAUGUUAUGGCAACAGAAGCGAAUAUUCUUAAUUCGCCAUAGAAAAAAAAAAAAAACCACAACUGCAGCAAACUAAACAUUCAGUAAAGGGAAUUUUUUGUCCUUAUCUUGACCCAAAAACUGCAGGCGAAAAACCGUCUUUGUCAGACUUCGUCGAAAUCUUCGUUUGAUGCACGCAGUUCUGCUUCUUAGGGCUGAACCGUACUCGUAACUUCCAUUUCUUCUCUACCACUUGAGUACGAUAUAUUACAACCCUCGGUAGAGCUUGCUGAAGGUAGGUACAAAAUACAAGAGAUGGAGAGAUUUGUAGGUGUCAACUGAGAGUUUUCAGAGUUUUCUGCGUCAUCACCCGUUAAUUCGUUACCAGUUCACGGGACACUUUAAAGACAAAAUAAGAGCACUUUUAGGCCCGAAAAAACCGACUUUUUUCUUCUAUCGGAAUUGAUUUGUACAUAUGAUGGGCAAAAUAUUUACUGGCAACUUAAAUGGCUACUUACUUAAAUUGCGACGUAUUGAAAAAAUGGUGCCUCAAAUUUUGUUUCCUUGGGUGACUACGGUGAAUUUCGAAGCUGUUCAAAAAGCUUUCGAUAUUGCUCGAUACUAUCACAUUUCCUCCUAAAAUUUGGUUGAUAUGGUAUCAAAGCAAUGCCCAAUCAUUCCUUAAAAUGCUUCUAUCUUCUUUUUGUUUUUGUUCUUAAACGGUUAAAACAACAACUUUUCAGGCUUCAAGAAACAGCCUUAAUUUUCAAGUUUCUCAAGCAAAACGUUCAGCGAAAACCAGGUAAAACCACGUAGAAGCCAGGCAGAAACCAGGUUAAUUUCGAUAACCAAAAGACAAUUUUCCUUUGAUAAAAUUUUUUUUCUCCUCUGUUGUUUUAUUGGGUCUGGUUUUAAAACAACACUCAGACUCCUUUAACUAAUGAUGAUCUGUUUUGUUCACUUUGCGAACAUUCUAAUUUAUUCCAAGGCAAGCGAAACAUCCUGAGCGGGAUUAAAAUAGAAUUAAAUUACUCUUGGUAUACAUUUAAUUAAACUACUUCGAUAGCUCUGAAACCACUUUUAAAAAUGUCUCUACCGUACAACAUUUUCGUGAUUUUAUGAGCAAAUAAACAGACUACUCUCUCUCAUAGUUAACCUUUGAUUUAAGUUCGAAGUUUAUUUAAUGCAGUUCAGUAUGAAUACCUCAAAUGAAAUCAAAAUUUCAGGCGAAAAGGCAGACCUAUGUUAAAGAAAUGAAAAAGAAUAUAAAAGAAAAUACAGAGCAAGAUAAACAAGAUUCGCUUUUUAAAUGAACUGGACGGUAGAACUCAACCUUGUUGAAUAGCAAAAGUGUAAGUGGGGUGUCAGAAUUUGCCAUCAUAAAAUUAAUUGUGAGGAAAUUAGAAUGAUAAGCCCAGAUGAAAUUGUAUGAUAUUUACUAAACCAUUUCUAAGCCCAUCUUCCGUUUGCGACUUUUUUUUCACCAUUCCCAAACAAGAUGAUUUCAGGUAGAAACGUUUGAACAAACCUUUCCAUCUGAAAUCGACCAUUAUUUCAUAAUAGCGCAAAACAAAGUGUUUUUAACUCUAGCCACCUGAUUAAUCCUUUAGAAUCAAAUGCUCUUUGUAUUCGAAGUUAUAACUUAUGGCAUGUACAUAUAUAAUUAUUCAAAACAACUGCCUGUGAAUAAUUUUUGCUAACACUGCUAAUUGAAACAAGAAAGAAAUAGGUAUUAUUGAAAAAAGCAGCUUAGCCACCUGUGUAAUCCAUGUAGGUUAAGACAAAUAAUGGGUACUUUAACUCACAUAUUUUAAUGAAAAAUAGCUGAAAACAAUUUGCAUUUAAAGAGAACCUGACGAUAGCGCAAAUUAAAAGUGAAAAGGUUUGGAUGUCAUUAGUUAAACAUCUUUUCCACCUGAAUCAUCGAUAGGGCAAGAUCUUAAAGACCGUUACGAAAGUUAAAAGAAGUAAUGUUUGCACAGGAUUUCCAAGCUAGAAACACCAUCAAAGAUAAUAUAGUCUAUAAAACAAGGACCAAUCUCAAACAGAUAUCAUUCAGCCAGCAUGAAUCUCUGGAUCGGAGCUGCACUUUUGUUGCUUGGAGUUUCGCAUUCUAAAGGUAUUAAUCAAACCCGCAUAUGAUCACUAAAUACUAAGUCUUUGGAAGUCUUUUCGAUUAUGCGACCCAAACCGUACUUAUCUCAAACAAGUUUCCCAUCGAAAGCUCAUAUAUAAGCGUUGAUAUAUACCACAAAUUGGCUGCUGUGUUUUGAGGCAAAUAUCUAGGGUUACACAUCAUGAUAAUCACUACGCAUUAGUACUUGCCUUCUUGAAUGAUUAGUCAGAUUGCAUUAACCAACAUAGCUGAAUCUCUACCUCUCAUCUAGUAAUAUCACCAUAAAAUUAAAAGCCUUCUUCAUUGUGUAGGUUGUGGAGUCAAACCAUAUACGGCUAGAGUCGUUAAUGGGGAAAAUGCCUCUCCACACUCUUGGCCCUGGCAGAUUUCACUCAGAGUAAAUGGACGUCACAUAUGUGGAGGAUCUCUCAUAGACAAGGACUGGGUCGUCACUGCCGCCCAUUGUGUCGAUAGGAACCCGAAUCCAAGUGGAUACACUGUAGUCGUGGGUAAGUCUGCGUAAACUAGUUUCCCAAUUGCUGGAUUACAAUGUGUAAAUCAGAAAUUAAAGAGAAUACGUACUACAGUUGAAGAGAAAAGGGGAACUAAGCAAGCCGCAAAUUGAACAGAAGAAGAAAAAGAGUUUUCGCGAUAUUUUGCCUACUUAAGGAAUGAAAUUAAAAGAAACGAAAACUGGAGAAUUUAUAUCUGAUUUACAUGUUUCUGUUGUUACCAUCCCAGCUUUUUGGCAAUAUAGAUCUCAAUAUCUCAGUUUUACUUGAAAUAAUCAGUUGCUUUUGGAUACAUUUUUUGCUAAACUUUUUCAAUUUAAAAUUGCUCUGUCAGGUGCUCAUAGUCGGCUUGGAUCCACAUCAGUACAGCGGACCCAUCGCUUGAAGAAAUUAUUCAAACAUGAAGGAUACAGUGGGAGACAUCUGCGAAAUGAUAUUGCACUUCUUCAGCUUGAAAGGCCCAUAUCAGCCAGCUCUAAAGUUAAUACGGUGUGUCUACCAGAGUCUAGGAGCCGCAUUCCAGCAGGAACACAAUGCUAUAUUACUGGUAAUUGAGAUCUGCAUGUAGCACUCAUUUUCAGCUAUACUACCAAACCUGGUGUGUUUAAAUUCAAUCGUAUCAUACCAAAGAAACUGUAGAAAUUUUCCUUGUCAGCUCGAAGUUAUCUAGAAGUAACAUGUUAGAGGGUAUUGAUUAAAAUUGUCACACAAUAUAAUCACUAAAUGAAACACUACAAUCAGAAUAUUUACAGCAAUAUGAUCGUUUACGUUUGUAGGCUGGGGAAGAACUGUUGGAGGUGGAAGUGCAGCGAACAUUCUCCAGCAGGCUCGACUGCCUGUUGCUUCGCACAGUGAUUGCAGCAGAAUCAACGGACGUUUGCUUCCUGUUGAUGAUACCUCAAUGAUAUGUGCCGGAGGUCAAGGAAAAGGAGGAUGUCAGGUAAUUAAAUAAUCCCUUUGAUUGAACAAAAAACAACCGAGCCUCUUCGUUACAUGUCAACUCUGAAGCCCAGUGCCGAACUUGCAGUCUACAUUUAAAACCUGAGAUAAACAACAUGGAUCGAUUUGCUAUAAUUACAACUUCACACAUGAUCUUUUGAUCUUCUCUCUCUGGAACAUCACACCUACUUCACAAGAGGUUUACAACAUGAUUGAUACCAUCGCAAAAUCAAUCUUCGUUGAUCAAUUUGCAACUUUGGUGGUGUUGGUGAAAUGCGCAGUAACAGGUAUAAUAAAGGUAUCCUUUGCACGUAAAUUGGCGCAAUUUACCCCUGCUGGCCUUACGAGCUUAUCCGUGCACUAUCUAUAAAAGCACGGUGGGUUCUUCAUUUUAAUGCACUUGACUGCUCCGAAACACUUCCACCAGUAAAACAUCUUUAAGCUUUUCUUAUUGCUCCUACUGGGUCGAAUCAUACCGUAAAGCGCCAAGCUGCCUGCGGGAGGUUGAGUGGUCAAACCCCAGACCGGUUCAAUCGUCAGGGUCUUAGAAUAACCGAGGAGAAUUUGUUGUAUUUGUUACAACAUCCGUAACUGGAUAGACAUUGUAGUCUUCACGGAUAAGGACGAUAAAUUUAACAUUUGGCUCUGUCUCCUGCAUCUUCUCUGCACUAGUUAACAGGAAACGUUAGAGUGGGACCUAUGCACUUCUUGCAAAGAGUAGGGAAUUUAGCUCCCGUGUUGUGUUUGGCCUUGUUAUUGUUUAUACAGGCCCCAAUUUAAACUAGCCUCAAAGCUGAAGUGGGCCCGCCCGUCAAAAGUUCGCAACUAAGUGAAUAAACACAUAUUAAAUAAACAGUGGAUUCCAUUGCACCGAAAAAACACAACAUAUAUAGAUUUUCGUUUUAACAUAUGAUUUACUAUAGGGCGACAGUGGUGGACCUUUUGUUUGCGCAGAGAAAGGGAGAUGGGUGUUGCGUGGCGCUGUAAGCUGGGGUCACAGGAUGUGCAGAACAGAUCACUACACUGUGUUCGCUCGUCUGAGUAGCUUCAUUGAAUGGAUCAACAGGAAGAAGUCAGGUAAUUUCAUGGCUUUAGUGGGGAGACAGCCACACAUAAUCUUAAAGCGUCUAACAAGCGAACAUGAUAUUUUGCGUCUGAAAAAAAUCAUAUAGUUUGCAGUCUUGGUAUGAAAGAGAGAGAGGAAAAUAAAUUGACCAAGGUCGUGUGAAAAAGCAAUGUCCUCACAUUUCUAACUAUCAAACUGUUUAACUCUUUGAAAAUGCUAUAGUCUAUAAGGAUUUUAAGUGAGAGUUAAGUUACUUGCUAUGGUAAAAUCUAUAUAUUCUACCCGAAAAAGCAAUAUAUUACCUUACCUGUAUAUGCUGGGGGUCUUAUAAUUCCAUUUCAUAGAAGUAAUAUCAUACGGGAUAUGAACCUCGUACUGAAAUAUGUUCAGAGAAUAAGACGUUGAACUAAGGUUAUCUCUAAGAGGAACCCACAAAGCUUCCCCAAAUUGGAUCACUUUCCCUUUCUGUAUUCUCCAAGUAACCUAACACAGACUUUAUUAACUAUCACCUAUUCGGUUGAUUGAUGGCGCUAACAUUGUUAUGAUUUGUUAACUUCUUUAAGGUACCAGUGGAGGGGGCAGUGUUAGUAAGUAAACUUCAAAUUAUACUGUGUACAUCGGUCGGUAUGAUACAUGGAAUAGAAAUUGUGCGACAAACUCAUGUGAUUAAUUAUUAGAGUGUUUUAUAAAUUCUUAGAAAUUCAGGCCAGCAGAAUUACUUUAUUGGAUACGAUUUAAUAUACGCUGUGACACGUUGAUGCAAAACAUAGUCUUGUGGUGCUUGUGAAAAUGGAGCUUUUAAAAUUAACGUGGCACACACAAAUCAUAUGUUUUAUUGGUAAAGCCAAUUUAAAUGCUAAGAUGGAAGAAAAACUCUCGUAGAACCUGAUUCGGUGAGGGGCAUGAUGAUGUUCGUUUUUAUUAUUCUUGUCAUUAUUAUUAUUAUUAUCAUUAUUCCUAUAAUUAUCAUCACUGCUUUUAUUAUCUUUAUAACAUUUACUGAAUUAAAAUUAAUUAACAAUCAUUCACCUCAGUAAAGGUGAAUAGUGGUGGAUAUUUACCGAACCGCAAAACAGGGAGUUAAAUGUCCAUCACUCUCAUUAACAUUGAGGUUACUAAUUGUUUUAGAAUACACCAAACACAAAGCAAUGUAUUAGAUUGUAUCUGUCAAUAUACCGAAAAAUGGUCAGGGGUUCUACUCAAAGACCGAUUUUGUCUCUUCGGUAGCUCGGAGGUGAAUAAUACUUGUUAAUCACUGUCAAACUAACGAAUCAAGGUACGCGAAAAAUUAAGCCCUUUUUACCUGCGUGGCAUAUACUAAUAAAUGUAAUUUUUGUGACUAGGUUGUGUCGAUGGGCACAGUUACUGCCCGCAUUGGACUCGGUACUGCUCAUGGCAUUCGUGGGUGCAGGCAAAUUGCAAGAAGACAUGUAAACGUUGCUAAAUUCAGGUAUCUGCAUAUCAACGAAACCAACUGUGUUUUUGUCGAAAAGAUGGUUUGUUCGUAACACGAAAAAAUAGUAAAAACAUCGAAAGAAAAACUUUAGUUCUUGUUUAUGAAACGAGGAGCUUCCGUCACAAGGAAUCCCUGAUAACCAUACGUUUAGCGUGAUCUGUGUUUAUUUUAUUCGAAAGUAGACUUGUUCCAUUUAAAAAUAAAUCUGCAAAAUAUAUUAUCGAGGGAAGGAGUAUAGAAGGAAGAGAAAAUAAAUUAUUGUUAUAUUCUCUUGAUAGAAGUAAAUACAAGACUACACGUACAUUGGCAUUGAUAAACAUCAAAGUCUUUUAUCCGCAAGUGAACAAUUAUUAAAUAUUAUCGUUUAAUUUAAUCAAAGGACACUCUUGAUUCGUAAUAUCUUUGUAUUUUUUUCUACAUUUUACAGCGAAAAAGAGCAGCAAGAUUUGAAGUGAACUCUUAAAGGCAAAGCUCCCACUUAAGUAUUUGGUAAAGAGCAAAUUAAAGCAUUUUAAACAGCAAACUACAUAGCGUCCAAUUUAUUGCAAUGAAUCUGCUUGUAAAGUACGAGAAAUGAGCAACGUAUCCUGUGCUUCAGAACCUUUCUAAUGCAUGUACCGGAAAUCGGGUCAUUUAGAAAAUGAAUGGGGACAUGGUCACCGCCAGCGGCAUAAACACUUCCCUAAAUUCUUUAGCAUGCACCUAACAUUCAUGCGUCUUGAAGAUAAAGGAGAAAACCUUAUCUCUUUCUUCUUGUGUACAAGGUCUCAGGGAAAUUUUGAAGUUUUCACAAAAUGAAAGAAGCUCACGGAUAAUGUCAAUUUCAGGUGGCAAAUCACGCCUCACACUGGUACAUAAGAAUUCACGAACCACGUGACGUUCCCCUUUCUGUAAAAUCCACGCAUCAUAAUUAAUGUUGGCCUUACUAAGUCACGCAUCACGUCGUAAAACCUCUGUCACCCUCAAAUAGGAAUGCAGUGAGCAGCGAUGUCGCCAUUUUCAAUUACCUUGGUUCGGUGGGCAAUAGACCUCUCUAUCUUUAGCUUUUCUCUUUUGGCGAAGAAUUUAUUUCUUUUCUCAAAAUUUUGCGGGACUGGUUUUGAAAAAAGGAUUUAGAUUCCUUUAAUUGAGGCUUUAUCUGCAGUUUUCUCGCUCUGCGAACAUUCUGAUUCAUACAAACGCUGGCGAAACAUUCGGAAGGGGAUUAACGUAAAACUGAAUUACCCCGGUUGUAUAUGCAUUGAAACAAUUCGAUAAUCAUCAAAUCACAUUUUAUAAAAUGUUUCCUCAAUAAAGCAUUAGCCAGAUCCAUUUUGCAAGCAAUGUACUUAGGACUCUCCCAAAGUUAAGCUUUGAUUUAAAUUUGAUGUUCAUUCAAAGGAAUUCAGUAUAAAUAGCUCAAUUGACAUCGAGAUUUCAAACGAAAAGCUCGACCUUUGAAAAGAUAAGAUUAUACUUUUAAAGAACAAGAGGAAGAAAGGUAGAAUCGCUCAUUGAUGAGGCACGUGAUCAAAAUUCGAAAGACCAGGGUUUCGUCGAAAUGAAUUAGGUCUCAGUAAUCGGAUCCCUGUGUUCACGCAAAGAUUCCCGGGAUCGGCACGAAGCAAAUGUUGCAAGUUGCUAAAAGGAAAUAUAUAUAUGGCAAAAAAAUGUUUUGAUGUUCGAAUAAGCGAUUUUUAUGAGAAGUGGAUUUAGGGAAGGAUUUAUGAGCGUAAGUUUUUGUUUGAAUAGCAAUGAAAUAUGUGACAAAACCUAACGAAGGAUAAACUUUUCUCUACGCACGUAUGUGUAAGGUUUAUUGCGUGGAAUUGACAUCGCGUAAUGGGCUCGAAAUUUAAAAAUUUAACGGGUAAAUUGCUAAGUAAUAACUCAAUGAAGCCUUUUGGGUUUUAUUUACGUGUGUUAAAUCUACUUCUACCGUCUUUUCUUGACUUGGUUUUGCAAAAGAGCGCUACAAAAGCUACCUCGAUCAAUGCAGCAGUUGAUUGAAAUUGUUUCCUUGAGCAUGAUAGUAUCAAUCGUGGUACAUUAAAGUGAUUAAACACCUACAUUGCUUAUUAUUUGUGAUCGAUGACAAUGAAUCAGCGUUGAUAAGCAGCUCAAAUCUGGACCAUUUCACGAUUAGUAGGUACAAAUGGGUCGCUUAAGGAGCGAUGCACAACUGAAAAUAUGUCCACAGUUUCUGUCUGCAGAACUUCCCGUGAUCUUCCUGUUCCUGAUGAGAUCCUCCAAGGAGUUUGAGGAGGAGAGUGGUCUCUCAAAAACCUUUCGAUUUUUCUCAAACAAAAUAUCUCUUGACGUAAGGAUUUCUUCAUGAAAUUUGAAAUGACUUACUUACGAAAAUCGUCCGCUCGGUAAAAAAAACUUCUAUUUCCGCUGACAACGCCUUCUCUCCUUAGAGGAAGUAUAUUUUCACACGCCGUAAUCUGUUUAUUGCUCGGUUAGUUUGCCUCAGGGGUUGAUUCAAACCUCCCAUCAAAACAAUGAAGCACGAAAUGCGCCUCCAUUGGGCGUAAACGUUUCUUUUAGGAUACAUUCUUUCCCUCUUUCCAGAAAUUUGUCGUCGAAGAAUAAAAGAAAAUCUGUCCCAGGUGUUCUUUACCUUUAGAUCAUGCGGGGAUACUGGGGUUAUUUUGUUCAACCAAAUAUUUGACACGCCAGAACAGCUGUUAAAAUGAUUGCGUUGAAGCUCUGUCAAAAUUUAGAUACUUGCUAAUUCGUUAGUUAUUUGUAGAUGGUUUCCGUUUUAAAAAAAACAGUCGUAUCCUUAAGACCCUAUAUUUCUAAAGAUAAAAUGUACUGAAGAUAUAUCUUUAGUUAUAUAGGAAUAUUGUAAUAAUUGAUUUUUGCCAGUGAGAAAGAUUUUCGAAAACCGUCGAUAAAAUGCUAAAGUUCAGUUACCGUACAUCUUCAAGUAUUGCCAAAAAUAAAAAUGACCAGGCUCAAUAUAGCGUUCCCAGCGGAAGUGACAAUAAAGGCUGCCUUGAAAAUAUCAGCUCUUGAACUGGAAAGAUUAUUUAAAUCAAAAAAAUACUUCAGAUAUGUUUAUGAAACCUGUACAGCUGCAAAUAUAUCAUUCUAUGGCUGUAAAAUUUGGGCAAAUUGGGUAUGUAGGUUGUAUAAAUAAAGAAUUCUUUGGUUGGCGACUAUGACGUGCAAGUCAGUGGAACGAAUUGUGUCUUUGUGGUUAUACUGCUGUGUUUGGUAGGCAAUGUUGACUUUUUAGUUAUACCUUUACGUCACCUUUUGUACCAAAAAAUGGGAAUUUUUGUUCCUGUUUUUUUUUCCCCAGCUGAAAAAUACUUUCAGACGUCUGAACAAUCAGUUGCCAGACUGUACGCGAAAGUUGUUUAAAAAAAAAUAGUGUGUAUUGUGUGAAUAGGUUAUCCAGGUGAGAAGCAACUGAUAUUACAUAUUGUCUAUAAAAAAAAGUGUCAGCCUCAUCUUGUUACCACAUUUAGAGAUCCAUUCCCUCAUGAUGAAUCUCUGGAUCGGAGUUGUGCUGUUGCUGCUUGGCGUACCAUAUUCUCAAGGUAGUUUUUCUUAGUAGGUCUUUCAGGUUUACUUUUUUAGGCUUCCUUUGUUGUAUUGACAAGAGGAAAGACAUCACAAAUUUAAGAACAAUAGGUAAAAUUGUAUUACUUGAGCUAGAUGUCUUUCAAGAAAACUUCUUCAUAAUGUUCGAUGUAACGAUAAAAAUUCUCUUAGCUUAGUGUACGUCUCAGACUUAAAACUGCAUUAACUGAUUCACCAUAAUAGGAGUAACUAUAAAUUGAAUGUCGAAAGUAAUUCAUGAUUACAUUUGCCCUAUGAUAAAAAAAAAGAAAAAAAAGUGCUAAAGUCUCAACCAAUUAGAUCCAAAAAUGAAAACAAACUGAGAAUCGCUUAAAGGUGUUACUCCUCACUGAGUUACUUGAAACUUUCUUUUGUUUAUGACCAGCCUCUUUUCGUUUUGAUUCGCUGUAACAAUUUAUGAAUCUUUGAAUUACCAUCUGCCUAGAUUUCAUUUCUUAUUCUUGCUUCUGCAUGAAUAAACCAAACAUAAAUGAUUUUCAGGAUGCGGGCAAAAACCAUUUUCGGCAAGAGUUGUGAAUGGUGAAAAUGCUGCGCCUCACGCUUGGCCUUGGCAGAUUUCACUCAGAGUGAAUGGUCGACAUAUCUGUGGAGGAUCACUUAUUGAAGAUGACUGGGUUGUAACUGCUGCUCAUUGUGUGGAAAGGAACCCAUCGCCGAGUGGCUACACUGUAGUCGUAGGUACGCUUUGGAGACUUGCUCUUCUGCUUGUUUCACGCAAGCUUUCAACAUUAUGAUUGAAAAAUUUUGCUACAUCAGCUAUUUUAACAAUACCUUUGCCAGCAUAAAGUUUUCCUCUUUGUUGUAUAAUUUACACAUAGACAUCAAUCAUUGUUCUUUAACGUUUGCUAUUGUUAUUGUUUGCUUGUUUGUUUUUUGCCUGAUGCAAGAAGGCUGAUAAAUUAGCCAACAAACAAGCAAGUUUAUCUCUCAACAUAAUUACCCCUCUUCUUAUUCAUUGUCAGGCCGAUUCUCCGCUGAAAAUAGUGUAAUGGAUGUUAAGUAACAAUCCAAAUUAUUAGCAAACAAUUUCAAGUUUUGUUUUUUUUUGUUUGUUGUUGUUGUUGUUGUAAUUGUUAUUGUUGUUUCUGUCUGUUUGUUUCUUUAUUUGUUUGUUUUGAUUUUGACGUUCGGUUUAUCUUUAAAUAUUACCUAGUUGAAAACAAUUUAAAGAAGCUCAAACAAGCAGUUCAUAGAUCUAUUUGCUCUGAAAGACAAAUCAAUAGAUGGAGUGGAUCUUAGUUUCUUUAUACCCAUGUCAUAGAGAAAAUUGAACUUAGCCUAAGAAAUGACUUUUCUGACAGGAGCCCACAUAAGAACUGGAACAACCUCCGUGCAGCAGACCUUCAAUUUACGGCAACUAUUCAAACAUGAAAGUUUCAACAUGAGAGAGCUCCGUAACGAUAUAGCUCUUCUACAGCUGAAUGGGCGAGUGAAGCUGAGCGAUAAAGUAAAUACCGUUUGCAUGCCACAGCCAGGAGACAAGGUGUCACCUGGAUCACGAUGUUAUAUUACAGGUAACGAAAUCGCUUUUUUUUUCUAUGGCAAAAUGCGAAAUGUGUAAAUUAUUAUAGAAUAAUUGAGAUAUUACGAGCGCCCUCAUUGGUCACAAGGCUAGCGCUUAUUGCACCGCCAACACAAAGAAAAUAGGAACUUUUUCUUGUGUUCUUCCAACAUCCUGCGUAGGUUAUUACCCCGGUAAACUGAUAGAGAGUGCGGUCUAUUGCUCAGAUAAAGCUGACAAGCUGCCUGUUUUAUAAGUGAUAUUUGGUAUCUUUUUUCAAAUUGUAUCUGUCGCAGCACUGUGACGCACAAUUCUCCUUCAAGUGUACUUGAAAAUAUAUGGUCACUAAAUCUAAUUAAUAACGUUUGAAGGUUGGGGAAGAAUGGUUGGAGGUGGACAAGCCGCUUCAACUCUCCAACAGGCUGUGUUGCCAGUCGCCGAUCACAAAAGCUGCCAAAGUGUUAACGGUUAUAUGGUUAGUGUUGAUGAAGACUCCAUGGUGUGCGCUGGAGGUGAAGGCAAAGGUGGAUGCCAGGUAAAUGUAUCAAAUCAAAAUUUAUAUGGUCAUGAUUUUGAAUCGCGGUUAUCUUUUAGGUCUUAAAGAUUGAUCUUGACCCCUUUCACAUGAACAGCGGAAAAAGGUCUUUUGAUUUACUUAUUCGACUUCCGACGGAGCUUUUUACUCGCAAAGGAAUUACACAAACCCACGUCGACAAGUACGCCCACUUCGUUCACGCGACCAAAUUUUAGUGGAAAUUUAUGACUCAGAAGAAAAAGGUUUCAUUCUGCCUAGAUUCCUCUGAACGAGAAGUAAUUUCUUUUUUUUCCCCAUUCUUACAAGGGAGACAGUGGCGGCCCAUUUGUUUGCAACGAAGGAGGGCGAUGGGUUUUGAGAGGUGCUGUGAGCUGGGGUCAUGGAAAGUGCAGGACAGAUCAUUACACAGUGUUUGCUCGUGUGAGCAAUUUCGUGGAUUGGAUCAAACAAAAGCAAUCAAGU